GAUUUGUAUUAUUUCAUCUUUGCUCCAACUCUUUGUUAUGAGUUAAACUUUCCUCGGUCAGCCCGAAUUAGGAAGCGCUUUUUGCUGAAGAGAAUUAUAGAAAUGCUUUUCCUGAUUCAGUUAAUACUAGGCCUUGUUCAACAGUGGAUGGUACCAACAAUUAACAAUUCUUUCAAACCUCUUAAGGAAAUGAAUUAUUCUUUGAUGUUGGAAAGACUGCUCAAACUUUCUGUUCCUAAUCAUUUUAUUUGGUUGAUCUUCUUCUACUGGUUCUUCCAUUCUUGUCUGAAUGCCAUUGCUGAAGUUUUGAGAUUUGCAGACAGAGAAUUUUAUCGGGAUUGGUGGAAUGCUGAAACUGUGCAAUAUUUCUGGCAGAAUUGGAAUAUUCCUGUUCAUCGCUGGGCUGUUCGUCACUUGUACAAACCUCUGAUAUCUGUGGGAUGUAGCAAAACCCAAGCUUCUGUAUGUGUUUUUUUUGUUUCUGCCUUUUUCCAUGAGUACUUAGUGAGUGUGCCAUUGAAAAUGCAUCGGAUCUGGGCAUUCUCUAGUAUGCUGGGUCAGUAUUGCAAUAAAGGUUCCAUUUGCUUUCUUUGUGUCUAGAUUUCUCAGCAAGAGUAAUGGAAACAUGGCUGUAUGGGUAUCCAUUAUCAUUGGUCAACCACUGUGUAUCCUCAUGUAUUAUCAUGAUUACUAUGUUCUUCAUUAUGGUGGUUCUCUCUAACAAACAGCAUCUUACUUAAAUCAGAAAUGCUGAUUUUUUUCUUAUUGGUCAUUGUAAGCCUAAAGAACCAGCUCAAGAAGUUGCCUUAUAAAAUCUUGUUGUUGAGUCGCUACAAGUGUAACUAAAAUAUGAUGCAAUACUAUUAAUUUUUAUGUUGUAAUAUAGAGAUCACAAAUAUUAUUUACCUUAUAUACCUGAAUAAAUUGUUAUAUAUUUGAAUAUUUGUUGAAGUUACAAAUGCAUUCAAAUAUUUUUUUAAUAAAUCCUUAAGUUCAAAAAAUAUAUUUGCAUAAAUCAAAAAAAUAUGGACAUUAAUUUUCAAAACUCAUUGCAGUGAGUUUCCAUCCAUAAAUUUACUGUCUACAUUGUUCCUAUUAUUUGCCUUAUGCAUACUAAAUAUUCUAUAGU